CUUGUUCUAAAGCCCCAAAUCCCUCUCCCUUCUUCCAUUCGGCGGUCCAAGUUUCAGAGACCGGUUUUAAAAAGUCAAGUUAAUCAAAAUGGCGAUGUCUAGUAGAUUUGCGAGUAUUCUCAGGCAGAGCAUGUCACAAACUGUUACAUCAAAUGGGCAGCUUCCGGUGACAUCUAUGCUGAACGCUGUUCGGUUUGUUUCCACAAAGCUCUUCAUUGGAGGUCUUUCUUUUGGAACUGAUGACCAAUCUCUCAAAGAAGCAUUUGCCAGCUUUGGUGAUGUCACCGAAGCAAGAGUUAUUUUGGACAGAGAGACUGGGAGGUCAAGGGGAUUUGGAUUUAUCAACUUUGCUGACAGUGAAUCUGCCAACUCAGCACUAUCCAUGGAUGGUCAGGAACUAAAUGGACGGAACAUUCGUGUAAGUUUUGCUAAUGAUAGACCCAGUGGUGGUGGUUUUGGUGGUCGCUUUGGUGGUGGUUAUGGUGGGAAUAGACGUUUUGAUGAUGGUGGUGCUGCUGGAGGGGCUGAUGGAUUCUAAGAAUUCAUCAGUCUGAUGCUCUGUAGUAUGGCAGCUUUGGCUGCCAUUUUGGUCUUUUGAUAGGUUUGGGUUUUUCUUUUGGAUGGCUGUUUGUGCUUCUUUCUUCGAUUGGAUGAACUGCAUUUGGAUUAUACUAAGUUUAUAAUUACAAGCUUGCAGACCUGUUAUUUU